AUGAUGGAUAACAAAACAAUGUCUAUAUUUCUUUUGUUAAUCAUUUUUGUAAAUAUUAAAAAUGUUACCUCAUAUAUUGUAUCGGAUGGGGGUGAUGACGAAAUUGAACAAUGGAAUACUGAAAAAUUAAUGAAAAAUUCAGAGAAGCAAUCAAAUUGUUCUAUACCAAGUGGUAAAGAAAAUAAUUGCCAGAAUUGUUUAGAUAUUGAUAAGUCAUGUUUAUGGUGCCAAUCAACUAAAUCAUGUCAAAAAUAUGAUGGUUUGUAUCAAAAUUGUGAUUAUGAAGAUUCUCGAAUAUUAAUUUUUAUUGUUUGUAUGGUUGUCUUUUGUUGUAUAUGUUCAAAGAUGGAUCAAUGUGCUCGAUGGAACAGAAAUAGAAUAUACUUGAAAGAUAAUUUAAAAUUAAAAAUUCAAAAAGAUAGUAUUUUUAAGGAACAGGAACAACGAAAAAUGGCACGAAAAGCUAGAAUUGAUGAAUUAAGAGCAAAAUAUGGUAUACAACUUUCAUCACCAACAUUUACAAGAAUGAAUAGUUUUAGAUCAAAAAAAGAUCAAAGCAAUAUAUAA